ACAAAAACACAUGCUUACUCUGGUGCUACUUCAGACGGGUCUCGCCAGCCUCUGCCCUGGGAGAUGCACAGCAGUGCGCCCAUCCAACGCGGCAAUCGUCAGCCCGGUGCCUAGGAUUCAGCGCAGCCGCGCCGCCGUCUGCGCGCUUGGCGGCCUCGAGCUGCCUGCUCGCCUGUGGCCUCUCGUCGGCGCCUUUGCGCUCGGCGGAGCCACCACCGCCGCCGCCUCUGCCGCCGCCGGGUCGUUCCGCACAAGAGUACCAGCACCGAGGGGUCUCCUCCUUUCCGUCUUCCGCCGCUCACUGCGAAUCGUCCGCUCAGUGCUCGGCGCGGCGUGCAUGGCCCUGCUGCGUCGCAGGCUUCCGGGCUGCGAGGCUGCCGACGAGGGCGAGUGCGAUCUCACCGCAUCUCGCUCGCGGUGGGCGGAGGCGUGGGCCAUCCUCCGCGCGGGCCUGCGGGAGGUCGGCCGAACCACGGCGGAGGGCGUCGAGGCCUUCAAGAUGGAGCGCUCCCUCUACUCCGCCGUCCUCGGACGGCCCGCCCUCGUGGCGCUGCAGUACGUGCUCGACCGUGUCACGCCGCUGCGGCUCGAGGCGGUGCUGCGCGAGGCGCUUGUCGGCGUGCUCUCGUCUGUGAGCGCGCCGCCCGAGCCCGGCCCAGACCAGGCCGGCCGCCGCGCUCUCAGCCAGGGCGAGCGCACGCUACGCGCGCUCGAGCUCCGCUCCUUCUCGGUCGGGGGUGCGCCGCCGCAGCUGCUGGCCGCGCGGGCGUACGAUCUCGGGCCGAUGGCGAUGGCGUUCGACUUUGACGUCCGGUGGCCGUCGGAGAUGGUGGCCGAGCUGUCCGCCGAGCUAGAGCUGCGUGUCGGCGUGGGUGCGCGCGUGCCGGUGGCGCUGCGCAACAUCUGCUUCGACGGCGCGGUGCGGCUGGUGGUGACGAACCUGUGCGCCGCGGAGCCGGGGUGUGGCGCGGUGCUCUGCUCCCUGCCGUCGCCGCCGGAGCUGACUCUUGACUGCCGCGUCGCGGGCGGCGAGGUGACCGCCAUCCCGUGGCUGCGGUCGGAGCUGCAAAACUCGCUGCAGGCGGCUUUGCUCGAGAGCCUCGCGUGGCCUCGCCGGGUGGUGCUACCUGCUUUCCGGCCGGGGUCGCUGCACGCGACGGUGCUGCCCGCGGCGCAACUGCGGCGCCUCGCCGUGACGGACCCGCUGCUGCAGGCGGAGAUGGCGCUCGCCGAGUCGUCGCCGUCGGCAGAGAAGGAGCCGAGGGCGGAGGAGGCGGCGGGCGGCGGCAGCUACCGCUCCUUCCUCGAGGCGUUGCCUGCGAGGCUCGCCGGGCUGACGGACGACCUCUCCCUCGACCUCUCCAAGGUCUCCCUCGACUUGCGGCUCGACUGGCUCGACUCUGGCGAGUGGCUUGCUCCGGACGAGGCGACGGCGGAGGCGCUUUUCCGCGAGGUGGACACGAGCGGCGACGGCUUCAUCGACGUGGCCGAGCUGCGCGGCGCGCUGGCAAAGGCGGGCAAGGCGCCCUCCUUCGAGGAGGUGGAGGCGCUGCUGCAGACCGUGGACGCCAACGGCGACGGCCAGAUCUCGCUCGCAGAGUUCAAGGCGGCGCUGCUGACGCCGCAGGCGAUGCCCCCCGCGCUCAAGGGCCUCAUCUCUGUGGGCGAGGUUGUGAUGUCCCGGCUCGGCGCGGUCGGCGGCGGGCUCUCGUCUGCGCAGCAAGCCGCGGGCCCGAGCGCUCUCGCCAACUGGACAAACGCGACGGCGCUGGGCGCCGCCGGCUCCGCGGUGACGAGCGGCUGGUCCGCCGUGUCGAGCGCGGGCGCCAGCGCGGCCAGCAGCAUCGGAUCGCUGCUCGCAUGGCGGCCGCGCGGCGCCGACGCAGACGCUUGAUGCUUGGUAAAUUAUUGCGCCCGGACGCUCUGUGGAAGCCCGGAAGGGGAAGGCUUAGUACCGUGUUCAGUUGUACACGCGGCUCUCUGUCUACACACUACAGUACGCACGUAUGAUCUAACAUCUAUGCGG